AUGCUCCCAAGCGCUUCCGUGACGCUGGCGCUUCUUCUGCUGCUGCUAGUACCGACUGCGAUGGACGCUGCCACUUGCGACACGAGAGGGAACGUCGUGCUCGUUGCUGGCAAGAACGAGAGCAAAGCGGUUGUGAUUAGCGAUGAUUGUACCGAGACAGACGUUAUCGUGGAUAAAGGCACGUUAGCGGCCAGUAACAUGGGCAUUGAAAAAGUGUUAAGUGCGCCGGACGUUAAGCACAUUGACUUGUCGCUCAAUAACAUCUCGACGCUGUCGCUAAAGGAGUUGAAAAACGUCGAGAAACUGACGUUGACAUCCAAUAAGUUCGUCACGUUUCUCCACUUGAAAGUGCCUGUGUCGCUCACGACGUUGGACUUGAGCUGGAACAGCAUUGCGUCAUUUGACGGCAUGAGUUUGCCAGAUACAAUGACGCAGCUAUUUCUAGGCGGCAAUCCCAUUACGUCCGUGGCAGGAGUGACAUUCCCGUCGUCACUUACGCUCCUGUAUAUCCACAACUUGCAGCUGACGGACCUCAAAGGCGCGACGUUUCCCGAUAGUGUCCAGUAUUUAUCGCUCGUGCAGUCCUGUCUUUCUGAUUUUGACGGCGUCAGCUUUCCAGACAACUUGCAGUACAUUGACUUUUCUACUAACGCUGUCACGACGCUGCCAACCGGAUUACCUUCUACUGUAAGGCAGAUCACGGCAACAGACAACCAAAUCACGACGCUGUCUUUGUACUCGUUCCCGUCCAGCAUCUCGUCGCUCAACUUUUCGGGCAAUCCCAUCGAGUCGAUCAGUGGCGUCUCGUUUCCGCUCGCUCUGACGAAGCUGGAUCUUGGGGCCCACAAGAUUACGAAAUUUGAAAUUUCGCGCUCGGACUACGCCACGUUUAAAGAUCUGGAGGUUUUUACUGCAGUGGUCUCACAGACCAGCUGCUCCACGCAGGGUGCUGAACUGGUCGCUGUUUCCGGCUAUAGUAUCUGUGUCAUCUCGGAUGAAUUGUUUGAGAAAACUUACGGCACCGCGUCUUCGAAAUCAGAGAGCACGGUGACUGCACCGAUUGCUGGUAAUGGCGGUGACUCUACCAUCCUCGUCGUUGUGAUAUGUCUGUCCACCGUGCUUGCUGUGGCGCUCGCGGCAUUUGCAUUCCGGACGUACAAAACGCGUCAGCCGAAGGGUGUUUCUCAUCGAAGCAGGGACGGGAAUUUCUUUGUAAAUGACACGGAGAUUGACACCGGGAAGCACUCGGAAGGAAAUGUCUACAGCGAUCCGCGGAAUAAUGCUGACGGGUUUAACACGAUUUUCACUGGUGGCAAAGUCACUAUGAUGGGCGGAACGUCGAUUGAGUCGGCUCUCGUUAAGUACCGCGUCCCCGUGAGCGAGGUGCAUAUCGAACGAUCCAUUGCAAAGGGCGGUUUUGGCAUCGUCUUCCUGGCAAAGUAUCAAGGCCGCCCAGUGGUUGUCAAGAAAAUCUUACCAGAGAAGGCAGCAGAUGACCGAUGUCUAAGCGCCUUUAUCGAGGAGAUUAAGCUCAUAUCGUCACUCUCUCAUGCAAAAAUCGUGUGCUUUAUUGGUGUCAGCUGGAGCAUGUUGUCCGAUAUGGCUGUCUUGAUGGAUUACAUGCCGAACGGAGAUCUUGAUAUGCUCCUGAAGCAACAGCACGAUCGACAAGAAUUGUACCCGCAGGAAUUUGACUGGUAUCAGAACUCGUCCAUUCUGCCGGCAAAGGCUGCUAUUGCUCUGGAUGUGUUGGAGGCUAUCGUGUAUCUCCACUCAUUUCCGUCACCUAUCAUUCACCGCGAUCUGAAGUCGAAGAAUGUGCUGCUGAGCUCGUCUUACGAAGCCAAGUUAAGUGACUUUGGUGUCAGUCGCGAGUGGCAAGUGGAUAGUACGAUGACUGCAGGCAUCGGUACGAUGGCUUGGAUUGCACCUGAGGUGCUACGUGGCGAGCGGUACACUGAGACGGCUGAUAUCUACUCUUUCGGCGUAAUCCUAUCUGAACUGGCCACGUGCAUCAGGCCAUUUAACGGUGUGACCAACGCGCUCAUCGUCCUUAAAGUCACAAGUGAAGAGACGCCGGACUUGGGCUCGAAUUGCCCGGAGGACAUUCGAGAACUAGCAAAACGCUGUCUUAGCUUUGACGCGAGCGAUCGUCCAAGUGCUAGUGUGGCUCACUACGAGCUGCGAACGCUGCUGAAGCUUCACUCGGCGUUCGAGCUCUAG